UUGUGCAUAUUUAUAAAAAGAAAUGGUGAAACUGACAUUUUUUACAGUGUCCAAUCCGUUGCCCCCCUUCUCCUGUUCUCCCUCUCCAUGUUCUCCUAAUCUCAGCUGUGAUUGGUUCAUCUUUGGUGUCAGUCAGGAAGCAUUGGGCGGGACUCAAACAAUCCACUCGUGCUCGCGGAACGGCUGUCUGUGCGCCACAGCAGAGCAGUAUCAGGGCAGGCAGUGGCACAGGAACGUUGAUCCGGUUUCUCCUCCUCGGACGGCUGGCCUGAGUCUCCCAGAGGUGCGCGGUGGCUCUCCCAGAGUUUUCCCCGAGCAGUGUGCGCCACGCGCGCGGAGCCUUCCUGUAGCAGCCCACGACUUCUCGCUUCUGUGGAGCAAAUCUAUCUCCAUCCUUCCAGCAGCAGGAUCGCCCCUAAAACCGCUGAAGUCGUCAGAGAACCACCUGGAUAGCUAAGGAAGCCGGUCCGGUUCGAGGUCCUGCUGGGAGGAGAAGAGGAGCAGAGAAGGAAGCAAAACAGAGAAAAAGGCAGCAUGAAUCGGAUGAGUCGGUUGAUUCUCACCCUCUACACCAUCCAUGGGAUUCUUCUGAAAGUGAUGGCUUCAAAAGGCCGAGUUCAAGGUGCCAGCGGUCAGUACCCUCUGGUUCAGAAUGUGACCGUCACACAGGGCGGGACGGCGAACCUGACCUGCCGUGUGGAGUACAAUGACAACACCUCCCUCCAGUGGUCAAACCCGGCACAGCAAACCCUCUUCUUUGGGGACAAGAAAGCUUUGAGAGACAACAGGAUUGAACUUGUGCGCGCGUCUUCGUCAGAGCUGACCAUCAGCAUCAGUGACGUCUCGCUGUCCGACGAGGGCAUGUACACCUGCUCCCUGUUCACCAUGCCCGUCAGAACAGCCAAAGCCUACCUGACCGUUCUGGGAGUGCCAGAAAAGCCAGAGAUCAACGGCCUGAAAAAGCCCGCCGUGGAGGGGGACUACAUCACACUGACCUGCAUCACUCAGGGCAGCAAGCCCGCUGCCGACCUGCGCUGGUUUAGGAACGAGAAGGAGGUCAAAGGUGCUAAAGAGGUGAACGCAGAAGGGAAGACGUUCAAAGUGCAGAGUUCCCUGCAGCUCCAUGUGGACAGGAACGACGACGGCGUGGCGUACACCUGCAGAGUGGACCACGUGGCGUUAGCGCUGGCACCGCAGCAGGCCACCGAAGUACUGGAGGUCCAGUAUGCCCCUCGUGUGGAGAUCAUUCACUCCCUUGAAGUCCCUCAAGAGGGCCAGUAUUUAAAGUUGGAGUGUGUAUCCAAAGGAAACCCAUCGCCAGAUCCAGUGAUGUGGACGAAAGACGGAGUUGAACUUCCAGACCUGGACAGGAUGAUCGUUGACGGAAGAGAGCUCACCUUCACUUCGCUCAACAAGACGGACAAUGGCACCUACCGCUGUGAAGCCAGCAACCACCUGGGCAGGAGCAGCGCUGAGUACGUGCUCUAUGUCUACGACGUCCCCACCACCUUGCCUCCAUCCACCACUCCCCUCCUACAUCCUAUCCCUCCAGAUUCUACUGCACAGUUAAGCACCCACGCCUCAGACCCCACAGACAGCAGAGAUCCCAACGCACUGGGACAGCAUGGCACUGACCACGCCCUGAUCGGAGGAGUGGUGGCGGUGGUGGUCUUUGUCACCUUGUGUUUAAUCAUUGUUCUGGGAAGGUACCUGGCCAGGCAUAAAGGAACGUAUUUGACAAACGAAGCCAAAGGAGCAGAUGAUGCGCCUGACGCCGACACAGCCAUCAUAAACGCUGAGGGUAACCACGCGCAUGCAGAGGAAAAGAAGGAGUACUUCAUUUAGACUGCAGAGCGGAGCCGUCCAACGCUCACCCUCUACUUUCUGUCCUUUAGUCUCUAUAUCUUCUCUUCUCUCUGGCUGUCCCCCACUUUUUUCCUCACUUCUGGACGACCCUUCUUCGAGUCAGUGAGAAGCCCGCAGACAGAGACUCUCACCAUGGGUGUUUCUAUAAUUUCACUUUCUUAUUGUGUGUUUUUGUUUGCAUUAUUUUGUUUUUUAAAUGAUGUUUUUUAAAGGUUUGCUCUUACUGUUGAAGCUCUCACUCUUGUUAAAGUUUUUUUUUUUUUUGGCAGUCUUUUCAUGUAAAUAUUUGAAAAUCUGUAUAUUUCAUGACAGCUUUUUACAUGACCCCACCCCCACCUCAUCCCUGUUCAUCGUUUUUUGUUUUUUUUCCCGACGAGAUUCAGGCCAAGCACACACACGGAACACAUCGUCAUAUCCCGUGUCCACACAAACACAUAUCACAUCAACACGGUGCCUAAAAGAAACACAUGGAAUUUCUGUCAAUGCCUUGGUUUUAGUGUCUGUCCAUUGCGAUGUAAAUGCUUCGUAGGUCAUUUCAUUGCUUGGCCCACAGCUUUCGAUUACGCGUUUUUUUUUUCCGUUACGUUUCGCAAGAAAAGCUGCGCUGUUGACGCCUUACACACAUCUAUCACGUGAAUAUCUUUUCGAUGGUCCACCCCCCUUUUGCCCCACCCCCUCCUCUGAAUAGACUUGUGAUGGUGAUGCGCUUGUAAGAUACGAAGAAGGUUUUCUGAAAAACACAGUAGCAAGAUUCUUUAGUCGGAUACGUGUAAAAUACGAUUCUUACCGUGAUCAUUUGGAGUGACGUGGCGUUUGUUUAGAGCAGAGAAACUCACGUACGAUAGCUACGAAAGCUUUCCACCAACUCAAACAGAUGUAUAAACGCGUUUUCUGGAAUUUUCUGCUGUAUAUGUAUUUCUGCGCUGUGCGCGCUUGCAGUUUAGAGACACAGCCUCUCAGCCUGCUAUAGGUUUUAUUUAGUAUUGAAGGUACAAAAAAAAAGAAACCACCAUCAUUUUCUAAUGUCCAAAAGCUGUAUGGAUUUUGACGAUCUUGUUUUUUCGUGUUUUGUUUUGUUUGUCAAACUGAAAUCAUUUCAGGAACCCUACGAAACGCAGGAAGCAAUCUGGUGUUACUCUAAAGCUACAUUCAGACCGGAAAUGUGACACGCAUCCAAGAACACUCUUUUACCACGUUCUUGAACACGCGUAAAUGUAAAUUUGAGUCCCUGAUUGGUCAACGUUGAACCUGGUUUAACUUUCAACGCGCUUUUGAAUGGAUGUGAAUUUUGAACAUACAUUAGACCCCGAAAUGGUUGUAGAUGCUCGUGUAGCGAAGCAUGAGAGUUUUGAAAGCCGAAGCCAGAAACGCGUAUUUACACGGAUUGCAGAGGGCAGUUUGAAUGUAGCAGUUUGAGCAGUGCAAACAUUUGGCUUCUUCUUUUUUCCGUGUACCACUGAGCAAUUCGAAGGACACCUCUUCUAUGAGGUGCAGGCGGCUUUCAUUGGUUGAUAGGUAAAAAUCUACCCAGUAUUUGUUAGAUUUUUCUGAUUUCUACACAUUCCGUUUAUGCAACCCCUUUUACUUUGGUCCCCGUUUUAUCUGCAAGAAAGAAAGAAAGAAAAAGGUACAAGUACCAGGCCUCAUUUUGAACUUAAAAACUGGAGACAAACAGAAAAGCACAACAUCUGUCUAAAUGAGUUACUAUUUCCCUUUUGCCAACAGCUCAAUUGUCUGGAGGGGUAGCUUUCAUCAAAUGGGUAGCGGAAAAAUGACAAAGCUGAUUCACUUCGGGAUGUUAAAAAAAAACAUUUUUAAACAAAACCAUGUGUUUGUGUUUUCAAAAUAAAAAGUAGGAAAAAUGUCCAAUCUUUUGUCCUGAGCUCCCUGCUGUAUAUGGUGUCUUCUAAAAUGUGGUUAAAGUGUGAAAAUUGAUGUUAAAUUCUGGACUCCUGUAUUCCUUCAAAUUUGUAUAUUAGCCACAUUAUUGAUUCACUUUUUUCCUUUCAUUUUCCAUUGCAUAGACUUUAAAUCAAGUGUGUUUUGUUUAAAUGCGAAGCAUGAACAUAAUGUGUAAAGACUACAUUUUUUAUAAUACACAUUAGCAUGUUUUUUUUUAGUUCCUUUACAUGUUUUAAUUUAUUUGCACUGAAGUUAUUAAAGACAAACCCACAAUG